AUGUACUUGGGAAACGAGAACUUUGAAAAUUUAUCUUUGAAACCUAUUGAAACAGAUCAGUACAAUUCUAGUGAAGACAUGAUUGGCUCUUCUCAGAUUAGGCAGCGUCGUCCGGUUGCUAAUAACGCUUCAUCAUCUCAUCCGCCUUUAGAUAAGAAUCCUUUUGGUCGAAAAUUUUUACUAGUAACUACAAUUUUGCUGGUAUUAUUUAAUAAUAAAGCUUCUCAACCCAAUGACCGUUUUCAACCUAAUGACGGUUCUCAACUUAAUGACGGUUCUCAACCUAAUAAUGGUUUUCAAUCCAAUCAACGAUUUAAAUCUAUUCACUGUUUUCAUCCUAAUGAUGGUGUUGCUUCUAUUGUAAAGAUGGCUAAUCUUAGUUCUGAAAAAUUUUCUUUGCUUAAUAUUCCAGCAACAGAUGAAUUAAAUGAACUUCGUUUCGCUGUUCGUAAUCUUAAAGUGACAAUGGAAAAAAGUCGUGUCAUAGUUGAACAUUCUAAACCAAUUUCGACCGUUCUCGAUGAUUUGGAUAAAAAUAUUCAUGACACGGUUGAUGAACUCAGGAAAUUUCAGCAUAAAGCUGAAUGGUUCUUUUGGCUUCUUGUAGAUGAAUUGAGAAUGAUCACUCAAGAAUACGAAAAACUUCACUCUUCUGAAUAUGAUCCAAAUUUAUCAGAUAAUAUUGCCUCCUUUAUUCAUAAACGCCUCGAGUCAUUAGAGACUCAGAUAAGUGGCUUUCAUGAACAAUUCCAACGAGUUAGUUACGCGGUUCAUUAUGUUCAAAAAGAUGCAAUGCGUACACGAGAGCACUUAAUUGAAGCUAAACGUGAGGCCGAGAAUGCUUUAAAAGAUCAGUGGCUAGUUAAAUUGAUUAGCCAAUGGAUUAAUAUCACUGAUCCUAAGAUACAUGAAAUGGAGGAAGAACUUGAUCAAGUAAAUUUUAUCAAAAAGUUGCUAGAAGAUUUUGACCGCAAUUUUAUUGAUUUCGGUGACUUUUUAAUAAAGUAUCGUCUCAAAAUUCGUGAAGUUAUUGUACAAGCUGAUGGUAUUCCCACAAAACCGACUGCCGAAUACAUAAGUUACUUGAAAAAAGCUGCUCAAGACCUUGAAAAGCAACAUCUCAAACUUUUUAGUAAAGAAUCAAUUGGACAUGAUUCCAAAUAA